UCCACGCAAUCGUGAACUGCGUUUAUUUUAGCUUCACGCAAUUCAAUUUAUUACUCAAUUUUCCUUAUCGGUUCCCUAGUAGGUACAACUGACUGGUCACACUUCGAUAUAAGGAGGAAGGUAAGUUUUAUUAUAAACUGCGAUGAGUAAGCGAAUUAAAACGGGACUCGGUGGUUUACAGUAUUCAAAACAGCCAAACGCUCAAGUCGUGUGUUGUGGAGAGCGACCCACUGCUGCUGCAGAACAUUGACGAAUACCAUGGGUGCCAGGAGAGACGUGGCGCGUGCAGUGCUGCUGCACGUUAACCUGAUGCUGGCGACGUACGGUGGCGCGGCACUCGUGACAGGCUCGCUGAUAUACUGGUAUGGUGUGCUGUCCGAGCGCACGUCAGUGGGGCGGCCUACCGCGUUGGCGCUGGGCGCGAGCGGUGUGGCGCUGCUGUUGUUGGCGCACGCAGGCGUCGUUGCAGUACGUCGCAAACCGCUGCUCUUGUUCGCUUUGGGAUCGUGGGCAACAGCGUUGGGGACGCUCGGUGCGGCCGGCUGGCUGGCGUGGCGCAGCACGCGUCUCGACGUCUGCGAUCACUCCACGGUCAAGCCACACUUGUGCGCUCUACUGUUUAUGCUAAUCGUCGACAAGAAAAACCAGCUGCUUUUACAGAAUGCGAAGAAGAUGGAUGACGCGAAGCUAGAAAUACUCGCGUGCGUGUCCGCCGCGUUGUUGGUGCUGCUUGUACUUCUGCUGCUGCUCGCCGGCGUGAUGGCGCUCUGCGCCCGCCCUGCGCUACGACUUGCCUCGGACCCCACACAUUCCAUGUUCAGAAGGAGCAGCAGCGUGUGCUACGAGGGGCGCGAGCCCCUGCCGCUGCCCUUUCGCCGGCCGUCGCCCGCGUCCCCUCCACUCUUCAUGAAUCACGCGUCGAUGUCGGCGCCUCCGCCCGUCUGCUUCGAGUACCCCUACAUGCAGUGAUUCCAACUUCCAUAUUUGUAAAUUUGUUCUCAAACAAAUAGGGGAGAGCGGGGCAGAACGUUCCGAUUUUCAAAUAAGUUGAAAUUUUAUAAUGAAAAUGAAGGAUUUGAUUUUCAACAUGUGGAAAUAUUGAACAAAUGUUUAUCGCUUUUUGUAAUAGUAUAGUCACUUCUACUAAUAUCU